AACCAAAGUGUAGCACAAAAGGAAGAAGAAAAAACCCCAAAUUGUUCAUUCUUUGACAGCCCAGAAACUCAAAAUGCAGAGAUCCACCUCUCAUCAACUGGGAGUGUUCUUCUUCAUGUUGCUGCUUGCAGUCUCCUCAUGUUUUGCGAGGGAGAUGGAAGGAAGAGAAACUGUCAAACCAUUGGAGUCGACCAAUGCGGGGAACGAACCAUGCAAAAAGAUUGAGGACUGCAAUGCGAAAUGUGCGAGAAGAGGAUGCACUCCUUAUUACUGUAGCCCUUUGGGGUGGUGUUGGUGCAUAUUACCAAUAUCUAAGGGCAUUGCUCAGUGUUAUUAAUUAUUAAUUUGCUCUCUCUAUAUACGUAUUACUUCUUUAAUAAUUAUCAUUUUUCGAUUGUAUAAUCAACUGAUGUCACACAUUAUUAUAUUGUGAGUAAUAAAAAGAUUUCAUAUUAAUUUUCG